ACCAACUUUUUUUUUUUUUUUUUUCCGGCCGUGGUUAGACGGGUGAAGUCCUGUUCAGCACUCCGGCUUUGGGACGGGAUUAAACGCUCCUCAGACUCCGCUCAUGGAGCCUAUAACGUCCUGGAGCACCGAGGGAGUCAGCGCCUGGCUCAGAGGACUGGAUCCGUCUGUGCAGCAGUAUACAUUUGAACAGUGGCAAUUGUGUGGUGUGGAUCUGCUGCAGUUAUCUCCACAGCAGCUCGAACAGCUCGGAGUGCACAAGAUCGGACACCAGGAGGUCAUCCUGGACGCCGUGGAGAAACUCUGCACCCUGACAUAUGGUCUGGCUGGGGAGAGCCUGUACAGUGUAGCAGAGAAGGUGCGUGCUGUGGCUCACUCGCUGCAGAUGAGUGUUCAGAGUCGAUGGCGUGUCAACACAUACGACGGGCACAGAGCCACGAAGGUGCCUAAUCAGGAACUGCAGCUGGUACUGGAACUCACUGUUGCCGCCAAAGCCCUGUAUUCUCUGCUCAACAGGUACCAGUACACAGAGUUGACAGGGUAUACAGGCUCUAAAAACAUCCAAGAUUUGUGUAGAGAUCUGAGCGCCGCCAUGCAGAAGGACAACACGUUGUUGGAUAAGGAGAAGGACAUCAUAUCGGCCAGUCGUCAGUUGGUGGCGAUAUGUGAUGAUGUUCUGAAUGCUGCUCCUGAGGCUGUACUGACCCACACUUCUCAGGUGCAAAGUGUUGAUCUGGUGCCGGUCCUGCCUGGAGAACAACUGGGGAUUGAGAUCACCUCCACGUCCUCGAGCCAACACUACAUCUCUGGAACAGCUGCUGAGUUUCCAGCAGAUUCCUCUGAGAAGAUCUUGGAAGGCGACGAGGUCAUAAAGGUCAAUGAUCAGAUCGUGGUGGGCUGGAGCAGGAAGAACCUGGUGGCGAAGCUUCAAGAGAACCCAAAUGGUGUGACACUAGUGCUGAGACGACAUCCUACCCUGUCUGUCUCUCACGAACCCAAAUACAAGCCAACGCAGAAGGAAGAAGAAGAAGACGAGGAAGAGAGAAAUAGAGUCUCAGUGUUUGAGCGAGCACCGGCGUCUGUGCGCUCGUACUCGUUCAGGGCUGCUGUUUUGUCCACUGAAGGGCAGCAGCUGAUAGGACAGGACGAGCCGGAGUUUAGUGAUCACGGCCUUGAUGGGAAUCAGAGCCACAGUGCACACACACACCUGAGUGCAGGUUCUGGAUUAGAGCGCAGGAGUACGUCUUUACUCAGUCUGGACUCAAGCAGGGCGAGAGUCGUAUCCUGGCCUGACAUGGGGGCCAGUGUGGAGGACAAGGAGCCCAAGAAGAGCUCCUUCAAAGGCACACGGACAGCGAUGAGUCGUAGGAGGGUGUCGUGUCGUGAGCUGGGCCUGCCGGACUGCGACGGAUGGCUCUGGAAGAAGAGGAAAGAGACUGUGUUCAUGACACAGAAAUGGCAGCGCCUCUGGUUUGUCCUUAAAGGAGUUACAAUCUACUGGUACUCCAGCCAGCAGGAGGAGAAGGCAGUCGGGAUGGUGAAGAUUGGAAGCUACAGCAUCGAGAGCGCUGGAGAACACAAGAGGAAGUACGUGUUUAAAAUGUUCCACCCACGCUUUCAGAACUUCUUCUUCGCCGCUGACAACGUUACCGACAUGAGCAAGUGGAUCAACUGCCUGAUCACCGCCAUCCAGAAAUAUAAGAAGCACCAAAAGAAUCCACCAGACUACGAGACCGAGUGCUACAGUGAGACAGAGUCGGAGGAGGACGGCUCACCCUCGCCAAACCUUCUAAAGAAAAAAAUCUCCCCGAAGCUCCAGUCGAACACACUUCCUCGAUCUCUGGGAAAGAAGAACAAACUCAUAGGAGGAGGUGCAGUAGCCUCUAUUCCAGCAGAGGGCAGUAAAGCUGCAGGAACGGUGGAUGAGAUGGGCGAGCUGUUUAACAAGCUGAAGGAAGGAGGAGUGUCUCUGAUUGGCCAGAAUCAGCCCGUCACUCACGACCAACUCCGCAGGUCAUUUAUCCGACGAAACAAAAAUCCCGUCAUUAAUGAGAAGGUCCACACACUCCGCGCUCUUCACAGCACACUCAAGGCGAAGGAGGCGGAGUUACAGCUGAUCGAUAAGCUUCUGGAAGAUUCCAGUCUGACGCCGGUGAAAUUCCGCCAGUGGAAGCAGCACAACGAGGAUCUCUACCAGGAAAUCGAGAAAAUCGCCGCAAACAAAAAACAAACCCAGACAACCCCACAAGGGAAAACUGCCACCGCGGAUGAUGACGGAGCACGUAGACUCAGCCUGAGUGACGGAGAGCAGCUAGUGGACGCAGAGUUGCCUAGCGACGGAGGCUCCGCCCUGGAAUCUGAGCAUGAACACGUAGCAGGGUAUACUGACCCACGUAGUGAACGAGCAGACAGCAGCUCCUCUGAUAAUUACUUCUUCAUCUGAGCUGACAAGUACUGACCCUGCGCCUACCCACGUUAGAACUCUGACCAAUCAGAGCCUCUUUUUAGGGAUGGGGCGGGACUUGAGCUGCUCCGUGGAGUGUUUCCAUUUUCCAACCUUGUUCUUACAAGAAAUGAUCGACAUCAGUGUUGCUGAGCAACCUUAAUGAUGUUUUUAUGCUAACUGCUGAGCUAGCUAGUAGCAGUGUCCGGCUGUUGUUCUACUCACAAUGUUUUAAACGAAAUUCCGGAGAUCCGUAAAUAAUUAUUAAUUGCUUAACCCUCAUGUUCUGAUCGCUACAUUUACUGCAGUGUUACAGUUGUAACGUCAUUGAAAACAACUAGUGCUCAUCUUCAUCUCAAUAUGGAUUUCUUAGUUCAUUUUCAUCUCAAUACGGAUUUCCAAGUCUUCACGUCAGCAGCCCAAGUCCAGCAUGAUCAGUAUUUAUUUACUUAUUUACUCAGAUCUGAAGCAGAGAACUGCUGAUUGGAAAGAACGCGUUGGUGUCAGUCCACCGAAGACGCAAAGUGAAGCACUGGAUAUGGAGCUUUAGUCCAAUCUGGAC